AUGUUAGGUUCUACCGUCUCAACAGAGGCAAAAGUAGAAAGUUCUAAUGCUGCCUUGAAUUCUGGACAAAAGAUUAAUCAAGUUCCAACAUUAAAACAACACCACACAACCUCUACUGCGACUGCAAGGCCACCGUCCGCUCCAUCCGUGUCGCCUCCCCUGGCGGCCAAUAAGAAGAAACAGCCUCAACAUAUUUCAAAGAGCCCUGAUCCACCUAUGAUGAUUCGAGUUUCGUCUGCGACAGCAACCUCUGGUGGGUCGACAAGCAGUACUUCUGGCACUACGACUACAGCCGCCAGUUCAACCUUGGCGUCAGAACCAAAUCCUGCUCGGUUGAAAGCAACGACUUCUAUAUCGUCUUCUUCAUCUUUGCCUUCUCCUAUACCCUCGCCCUCCAUUCCUCCACUUAAAUCCGAAUCUAUACCCACUGAGUUUAAAGUUGUUGAAGAACCAUCUUCCCCUCAAAUUGGUGCCCCCUUGCCUCCUGGCAGCACUGCAACGCUGAAUCGAACAAGUAAGAAGUUUAAGGUCUCUGUGCCGACUACUUCUACAGUUAUGGUGGGGAAACCUCCUUUAUUUGGAAUAUCGGCGACAGCAGCCAUACAGGCAGCAAGCCCGCCAAUUUCUACUGGACUGACUGAGCAUCGCCCUAUUCAUUCUUCAAACGGGAUCGUAGCGCCAAACGACAGGAUGGGGCUGGGUGCUGUUGUUACGAGCAGAGCCAAAUCGCCACAGCUAAUCUCGAAGGUAUUGUGCUAUUGGUAG